CGGCUCCCUCUGACACCGUCACGGCCCUGCCCCGCUGCGUCAUCGCGCCCUGCCCGCUUCCAAAAUGGCGGCGGCGGCGGCAGGCAGCCUGCGGCGGGCGGGCUGGCGGCUGUGGCGGGGCCGCGCGGGGCUCAGGUGCCAGCUCUACCCACCCCAGCGGGCCCUCCAUGCCUCAGCUGUACUGAGGAGAGCCUCAGAUGAGCAGAAGAAGGAGCCGCUGGCAUCUUCCCCUCAGCAGCAGUUUGACUCACCCCCAACAGACCCCCAGCCUGACCGUGAACCUCAGGGCUCUCGCCCCAGUUACACUGGCCAGGGCGGCCAGGAGUCAGAGGACUAUGAGAGCGAGGAGCAGCUGCAGCACCGAAUCCUCACAGCAGCGCUGGAGUUUGUGCCUGAACAUGGCUGGACGGCAGAAGCCAUUGCAGAGGGAGCCAAGACCCUGGGUCUCUCUGUUGCUGCAGCAGGGAUGUUUCACAGCGAUGGCAGUGAACUGAUCCUGCACUUUGUAUCUCAGUGCAACACCAAGCUGUCUGACCUGUUGGAGCAGGAACAAAAACUAGUGCAGUUGGGUGAGACAGAGAAGAAGCCUACAGAUCAAUUCCUGAGAGAUGCUGUAGAAGCCAGGCUGAGGAUGCUGAUUCCAUAUAUUGAGAAAUGGCCCCAGGCUGUCAGCAUCCUGUUGCUCCCACAUAACAUCCCUUCCAGCCUCAACCUCCUCACCAGCAUGAUUGAUGAUAUAUGGCACUAUGCUGGAGACCAGUCUACGGACUUUAACUGGUACACUCGUCGGGCUGUGCUCACUGGCAUCUACAACACCACAGAACUGGUGAUGAUGCAGGAUUCAUCCCCUGACUUUGAAGAGACUUGGCGCUUCCUGGAAAACCGAAUAGCUGAUGCCAUGAACAUGGGCAAUACAGCUAAGCAGGUACAGUCAACCGGAGAAGCGCUUGCCCAGGGCCUGAUGGGAGCUGCGGUUACUGUAAGUAAUGCUGAAACCAACAAGGCUGUAAGGGCAGAAUUAUGUUCUGUUCUGUGCUUAAUGCUAGCAUGUCUUCCCUCCUGAUUCUAGGCUAUAGCAUGAAAGAGAAUUGUCUUUCAUAGCUUAACUACACGUAAGAAUGAUUUUCUGGGUAGUUUGGGCUUAGUUUGCUAUUCUGUGUUGAAGGUACUUGUAAUACAGCAUAAAAUUAAGUCCAAAGCUGCAGAAUGAGUUUUAGGAAUGAGAGGCAGGUGGUCAGAAUAAGGGAAUGUCACCAUUCUCCAUCACUUGUCACUAGACCUCUUCCAGUCCCUUCCCUGGAGAUCUUGACUGGAGGUUUGUGCAUUUAUGGACACACAGGAGGUGGCACCUCUCCCUGAGCCACACAGCAGGAUCACUUCCUCAAGCUGCAGUCUGUGAUAAGGUUGUGUGGGAAAUAAAGAUGGAAGCUCCUGUUCCCUCUGGCUUCCCGGGGAGCUCACUGCCCACUGUAGGGUGGCUGACAGUGUUUCUGCCCAUAUUGCAACCUGAACAACUAUGACCUGCUCAGGGAAGUUGCUUUUGGUUUCAGGGGACUGCAGUGUCCUUCAUGAAUUCAUUCAUCCCAGACAUCUGUAUGUCCAUGAGGUAGCUGCACUUCCUGUAGGACACAAAACAGUCCCUUGUGUACCCACAUGCUAUUUUUAAGAGCUUCGCUGCCCUACUGUGAUGAUGUUUUGGACAACUCCCAUUGCAUGUUAGCAACAAAGUGAUUCCCUUGUUAUCAGUAAUACAUGUUUUUUUGUGAUUUCCAGUACAAGAAGGCCAAACCACCUGGAAUAUAAAUUAGAAAUCAUUUUCACUGUAUGAAGCAAUUCUGAAGAAUCUCUCUCACCUCCCUCCACCUGCAGUUAUGGUGGAAUAGUUCCUUAAGCAUUUCUCAGCCUUGCUCCACAUCCACAGCCAUAGCUGUCCCGCAAAUGCCAAUAUCAUUGUAAGAUCCUCCAUCAGAGAAGUCCGGGUGCACUGUUUGUGCUCCUUGUGCAUCAGUAUGAUGCUCUCUUACACGUGACAACUGUGCAGCUUAGGUCUAGAAUAUUUUAUAUUCCCGGAUAUUUUGUCUGCCUGUGUUCCACCGAUAGUUCCCCUGUGCAGAUAAAAAGAGGAAUGAGAUGUGAGUUCCUCUGGAGAGGGGUGGGUUCCAGCCAGCUGGUUUUAGGGCAGAAACAUCCCAAGCGUGUUUAACUCUUAAGAACCAAUAUGGACAGGCCUCCCACGCCCAUGGCUGCAGGUGCUGCAUGGGUGUGCCGGGCGCUCCAGCUGCGUGCAAAGCAGAGGGCUUGCAUUCACUGUGCGGGCUUGUGCAGUCACAGAAAUAAAACCCAGCUCAAACUCCCGAACCUAGCAAGCAAGGAGGGCCUUUUGCAGCUCUCAGGAAAUCUGCCGGCUCUUCCCGAGGGUACCCAGGGCACCGUUUCUCCGAGCUUUUUGCAUUAUCCUACUUGCUGUGACCCCAACCUGCGGCUCUCACCGCUGCCUCCUGAGCAGGCGCCUGCCGGAGCCCCUUGGCUUCGGCUGCGGGGGGCCGCCGGUGCUGACCUGCCGCCCGCGUCUCCGUGUCCCGCAGAUCACCAACCUGACGGGGCUGAACCAGCGCCGCUGAUGCCGGAGCCCUCAUGCCGGAGCCCGCGGACCGGCGCCGGAGCGAGGACGGGGCCGCCUUCGCCUCCUUCUCCCUCCCGUCUCCAAUAAAGCCCAAGCGCACCCACA